GCAGCAGAAAAUGUCUCUUCUUCUGGGGGAUCGAGACAGCCUAGUAGCCAUUAAUCACAAUGGAUCUGUGUUUGUCUAGAUGUUCCGCGCCAUGACUGGGAUUCGGCUGUAAAACAAACUAAGAACAAAAAGAUGGAGAAGAGCGAGAGAAGAGCCGAUGACAUCACAAGUUUCCGCCGUCAGCUGUCUGCGUAUGACGACCCAUCACUGAGGAGGAUAUACGAGUAUUACAGAGAGGAUCUGAUCUACAUCCUGGAGAACUUGAACCCUCAUUACAUCCUGGUAGAACUAAAAUCUCAGAAUGUUUUAAACACAGACAAAUACGAGUCAAUGGAAAAAGACCCGUCUUCCUUCUCUCACACCUUGUUACAAGAUAUUCGGGAUCGGGGAAGAGAAGCUGUGAUUGGACUCUGGGAAUGUCUCUAUGUGCUACGGAAAGAUCAUCGUCAUCCUAAUUUAGUGGCAUUUCUGGAUGAGAUCAGACACACAGGGGAUCGUCUGGUGGAUCAGAUUCUGCUGGAUGAACACGGAUGCUCACUGACUCCGGAGCUGAAAGAUAUUCAGGAAAAACACAAACAACAUCUGAUGGAGAAGACUGAGACUCUAGUGGAACAUAGACCCCCAGGAACUACUCUGGAACCACAAAGAUUCCUCAUCAAUGAGCGUUAUGUGAACCUGAUUGUGGUCUCCACCGAUCAGUUCAGGCAGCGUCCCCAGAAUGAGAUAAUACAGACUGGGGUAAAACAUGAGGAAUGCUUGAAGGAAACACAAACUGGACUGGAACACAUUUCUCCCAACAAGCUGUUCCGAUGGAACCACCAGUCACAAUGUGUACCACAUGCAGUAAUGGUGAGCGGAGUGCCAGGAAUAGGGAAGACCACACUGAUGCAGAAGUUUGUCUAUGACUGGGUGACCGGAAAACACUACCAGAGAUUUGCCUUUCUCUUCUUCUUCAGAUUCCGGGAACUUAAUAGACUGGGAGAGGUCAGCUUGGAGGAGAUGAUUCUUCAUCAAUAUCCAUAUCUGGAGAGUCAGAUUGGAGACAUUUUACAAGAUCCAGAGAGACUUCUGUUUAUAUUUGAUGGUUUAGAUGAAAGUGUUCACCAAAUGGAUUUCAGAUCAAGUAAACUGUCCAAUCCAAAACAGAGAACACAUUGUGGUGAGAUUGUGGUCAGCUUGGCGAGGCAGAGUCUUCUUAAGGGUUGCUCUGUACUGAUGACCAGCCGUCCAACCAGACUGGCAUCGGUUGAUACCAGUGUUUUCCAGAGAAUAGCUGAGAUCAUGGGAUUUCUCCAUGAAGACAGACUGAUCUUCUUUAAUAAUUUCUUUGGAAAUGAGGAAUUGUCAGGAAAGGCAUUUCAUUAUGUGCAGGAGAAUGACACGCUGUACACUUUCUGUUAUAUCCCAUCAUACUGCUGGAUCAUCUGUACAGUGUUAUCAAUGUGCUUCAGAUCCCAACCAAUUACUGAUCAGCUGAUGACAUCAUUACCCAAAACAGUGACACAACUCUUUGUGACUUUUGUCUCCAACAUUCUGGCCAAUCACAGCCAGAAUAAAGAUGGUGGUCACACUGCCCGGGAACUGCUGACAUAUAUUGGGUGGAUGGCAGAACAUGGAGUCAUGAAUCACAUGAUUGUAUUUGAUGAUCGUCAUCUGGAGUCAUUCAGUGUGAGAAAUGAUAAUCAUCUCUUUUCAUCUUUCAUGAUGGAAUCUGGUCAGCCUCCUGAUGUGGAUUACACCUUCUUACAUCUCACUCUUCAGGAGUUUUUUGCUGCGUUGGUCCAUUUUAUUAACUAUAAUCCUGACAGAUUACAGGAAACACUUGAUAAAGCUGAAUCUUACAAAGACGGGCGUGCUAAAAUAUUCCUCCGUUUCCUCUGCGGUCUCUCAGACUCUUCUACUAGAUCCAUGUUAAGGUCUCAUGUGGGAGAAUUUUCUACUCAGGCUGCCAGACAUGUCAUCUCCUGGAUCCAGAAGAAAAUAGGAAAAGAACCAAAACCUGACAAAGAUACAGGGGAUAAGAGAGAUCUUCUUAAUGUAUUCUACUAUCUCCAUGAGAGCAGAAAUAAGCCUCUAGUGUCACAAUGUACUGGAUCAAAUAAAGUUGACUUUUCUGAUGUCCCUCUCAGUCCCCUGGACUGCUCUGUGCUGUCUUUUAUCCUUCAAUCCUGUAGAGUGAUAAACGUAAAUCUACGUUCAUGUAGAGUUCUGAGUGAAGGAGUGAGGAAACUUAUACCGGCUCUACACAACAUUAAGAGUUUGAGAUUGCGUUUUAAUCAGCUAAUAGACAUUUCAUGCUCCCACCUGGCAUCUGGAAUAAGACAUAACCAGACACUGAGAACACUGAACCUGUCCUGGAACAAUCUGGAGGGUCCUCAUUUCAGGGAUCUGAUGGAAGCUCUGACAACAAGCCGGAUAGAGGAAUUAGAUUUGUCAUAUAAUGACCUGACAGACAGUUCCUGCCCCCACCUGGCAUCUGGAAUAAGAAAUAACCAGACACUGAAGACACUGAACCUGUCUGAGAACAAUCUGGAGGGUCCUCAUUUCAGGGAUCUGAUGGAAGCUCUGACAACAAGCCGGAUAGAGGAACUAUUAUUGGAUAAUAAUCACCUGACAGACAGUUCCUACCCCCACCUGGCAUCUGGAAUAAGAAAUAACCAGACACUGAGGACACUAAACCUGUCUGGGAACAAUCUGGGGGGUCCUCAGUUCAGGGAUCUGAUGGAAGCUCUGACAACAAGCCGGAUAGAGAAAUUACUGAUCAAAAACAGUCAUUUGUCAUAUGAAGCUUAUAGAGAACGGGAAAAGUUGGAAUCCCUCCGGCCAGGACUAAAGGUUAUCACAUGAUGACCCCCAGAGGAAGAAUCUCUGCUACAGCUGUGAAUUGUGCCAGAACAUUUCCCUGGAUGAUGAUGAGAAUGAGAUUUAGAUAUGACAAACCCGACCCAAGAGGAGAAUGGAUCAUCAUAGCUGAACUAAUACAUCCAGGACAGGAUUGGGAGGACUCUUAAUAAUUUUUAGUCUUCAAUAAUUCCGAGCAUGAAGCGAGGAAAGGCACACUCCAGUCAGCCUUGAACGUUUUCCCCAUAAAGUGACUUAGUAGACACGGCUGUUAGGCUGAUUGUUUCUAAUUGUCAUCCUAGCAUUUUAUUUAUUACAGGUACUUAUACUGUAUAGCGCCGUUAAUUUACAUAGCUGGCUGCCCUCUUACAAUCCCCUAUGACCAUUGUUAAUUUUGGCAGCAAAUUUUUUAUUUUUUUAUUUAUACAACAGGGAAAACGGGUCCACAUGGACCACCACAACAAUACAAUCAAUUGCAGUGAUACAGCUACAAGUAAGAACAGUGCACAGUACAUAUGGGCUUAUAUUUCCCGAAGCUCCGCAGCCGCGGGGAGCAUUCACCCGCGGGCCCGCGUAAAUACCGGCCCGCGGGCAAGGCCCACCCGCCACAGGUUCGAGCCCCACCAACCGACAUCAUCGUUCUGGUACAGGCCCAACACAUAGUCCCGCUUCCUGCCGGGUGUCCCAUAUGCAGCAUUCAAGUUGUGUCACCAUGCCCCCGCGGGCUCUGCCUCCCUUCUUUUCCAAGUAACAUAAAAAAAAGAAUAAAAGGUAAGAGAAGAAAGCACAGAGGUCGUAGGAUGAGGGCUAUGCCCGGAGAGGUAGAGAGAGAAAGUAUGGUCCAUAAGG